AUGGGUACUGAAAAUAGUACCAUUCCAUCUGAAGCAGAAUUCAAGCUCCUUAGUGAUGCUUAUAGCCUUUCUCCGCCUGAUGGGGUUGAGUUCCAAUUGCCUGAUUUGAUGAUCUUAUCUCCUCCCCCAGGCAAGGUGGGUGUUUAUUUGAAAACCCUCGAUAAUGGAUUGUGCCUCCCUCUCACUAAUUUUCAAGAUAAGCUUUUGCAUAAAAAUGGGUGUAGCAUCCAAAUGUUCACUCCAAAUGUUGUCAACAAAGUAGUGGCGUUUAAGAUGAUUUGUCGAGCCAAUCGGAUGCUUCCCAAUUACUUUGUCUUCAAGUACUUCUUUAGGUUCUAUGCUACAAGAGACAAAUAUACAUUCUAUGUCCGGCAAGGGGGCACACCUUGGUUCCUAAUGGUAAGACCCCCAAUAAUUAAUAGCAAGACAAGUGGAUGUGGGUCAACCAAGAUCAGGUCGGCCGUGGGCGGUAUCGGGCAAACAACUUUGCUAAGAGUUGGUGGUGAUGGCGAAGGUGAUGAUGGCGAUGACAACAACGGUGGUGGCGUCAAUGGUGCUAAUGGUGGUGCUGGUGGUGGUGUGGUGGUGAGAAGCGAUGGUGUAGGGGGUUCGCCGGCUAUUAUGCCCGUUGGAGCGUCGGGUACUGAUGUAACCCGUAUAAUGUGGUUGUUCUUGGCCUCGUAA